CUGACUGCUGUCGUCACGGCUGGUCGCCAUAUUAAACCUGCACGGAAUCAGCGACGCCUACACCGUCGCUCCGCUGUUGGGAUCGUUAAGGGCCUCUCUUCAAAACAAACCUCCAUUUACACCUUUUAUUUCUCCCAUUCUCACCGGGAAUCAUUUAUGCAUCGGACCGAAUAAGCCCGUGUGUUCUCGGACAGAAGUUGUCUGGGAGGGAGGUUUUUGUUUUUGAGUGUUUGAUGAGUAUUCUUUGAUGAGAGAUGAGUACUCUGACCCAGCGGAGCUCCGGCCUGGUACAGAGACGCACAGAGGCUUCGCGCAGCGCUGCAGCCGCAGACAGAGACCACGGAUGCGGCGGCGAAGAGGACUACGAGCCCCGCCGCGUAGACGAGCAGGACGACGAUGACAGCGGAGACUCAAAGGAAGCCAGACUGACCCUGAUGGAGGAAGUGCUGCUGCUGGGGCUGAAGGAUCGAGAGGGCUACACCUCCUUCUGGAAUGACUGCAUUUCAUCUGGCCUGAGGGGCUGCAUGCUUAUUGAACUGGCCUUACGAGGGAGACUGCAGCUGGAAGCUUGUGGCCUGAGGAGGAAAAGCCUCCUUGCCAGGAAGGUUAUAUGCAAGUCUGAUGCUCCAACGGGGGAUGUGCUGUUGGACGAGGCUCUGAAACACAUAAAAGACACUCAACCGCCUGAGACCGUGCAGAACUGGAUAGAGCUGCUCAGUGGAGAGACAUGGAACCCACUAAAGUUGCAUUAUCAGCUACGUAAUGUUCGUGAGCGCCUGGCCAAGAAUCUCGUUGAGAAGGGUGUCCUCACCACCGAGAAACAGAACUUUCUUCUUUUCGACAUGACCACACACCCGCUUACCAACAAUAACAUUAAGCAGCGCCUUAUUAAGAAGGUGCAGGAGGCCGUGCUGGACAAGUGGGUGAACGACCCUCACCGAAUGGACAAGCGUGCUUUGGCCCUUAUAUUCCUCGCCCAUUCCUCUGAUGUUCUAGAAAACGCAUUUGCCCCGUUGCUGGACGACCAGUACGAUCUGGCUAUGAAGAGAGUACGACAACUUCUGGACCUGGAACCUGAGGGUGAAAGCAUGAAGACCAACACCAAUGAGCUGCUCUGGGCUGUUGUGGCUGCCUUCACCAAAUGAAGCUGCUUCAGUUCUGGUGAACCUGGAAAAAAAAUAAAACACUUGGACUGGUAUAAACAGGUUUGAGAAAUUAUUGUCCUGGUUUAUCAAAACGGAGUUCUGAAACUGUUUUUUUCCUUGUAGAUAUCUCCCUUCCUUGCUCCUCUCUCUGCAAGAAUAACCAUUGUUUUGCUCUCUUUUGCUUGAAAGGGGAUAAAAAAAGAACACACAUAGAUUUACUUUCUCCUACUUUCAUUGUUUGUUGGUUUAGUUUAAUGCAAAUAAGUACCUAUUCACCGUAGACUGUUGGAACAUUUAACUUUUGCGUCACUGGAUCAAGAGUCUUCUUUUUCAUAAUUUUCUUACCUCGACAUCUGUGUUGUGUACCUAACAGAUUUUAUAAUUGAGCAGGAAUCAUUGGUUUUUCUUCAAGUCUUCAGUUUCUUGCAUUAAAUUGGAAUAGAUUCAUUGUAAUUGCAAUAUGUGAGAAAAGCUGUGUACACUUACACUAAAGCAGUAUCUACAUAUGGUACAUCUGAAGAGAUGUACAAGAAAAUAAAGUACACUGCAGUUUAUCAUUUAUUAUAUAAUCUAAAUCAAGUUGUUUUCACUUGUUUUCAUAUUGAUGGAGCAAGAAAAGAAACUAAAAAUAUUAUCAAGGACUAAAUCGCAUUUUGAUAACAAUUAGUAGUUUGUGGCGAGUGAGGUAGAGCUAGACGGCUUCAGGUUCACACAACUGAAACCAAAAAAAGCUGCCCAAACGUGCUGUCUCAACAGAAUUGCUAUUGGAUGGCCAGUAUAUCCAAACUCUGAGUGGAAACUAAGUGCAGGCAAUUCAGGGGACCGGUCUUGUCUUUACAGGGUGAGAGUUGGCAGUUUAUAUGCAAGGAGAACCGUUACUCCAUGUUAAGUUGGCAUAAUUUAUUUUAACAAAGCUUGUGUUCAUUUUGAGAUCAGAAUUCUCUAUGGUUUUUGAUUAAUGUCCCAUCCAGAUUCCUUCCAUUCUGCUGAUCAACACCCUACAAAUGCUUCAAACUCUACCUUUUAGACUUUUAUUUUAAUUAAAACCUUUUCACUAACUUGAACUGAAUUUUACUUUUAUGUGCCUGAGGUUGGUUACAUGAUGGGUAGCGCUCAAGAUGCAAUAUUUACUGUAGCUCUUUGUGACAUGGCAUUAAUGGAGCUAGAUUCAGAAAGCAUUGUUGAGCCGUAGACUCUUUGUUCAUACCUACCAGAAAAUAGAGGGACCACAAGAAUAAAAUUUAAAGAAUUCUGUUUCCCCCUUAAAAAUAUAAACACCUGUAUAGCACACAGUUAUUUGAUCGAUUAAUUGAUUUGAGUGAUUAUGUAGUGGUGUGUACAGGUCAUAUGUUUAAUGGUGGAGGCGGAGCUUUUAAAGUCAAAAAAUUAUGUUUGUAACUUCUGACAUUUACAUUGUCCUGUGCUCUCAACUCAAACCUAGGCCUAAAAAGAAUCACAGCCAUUUAAAGGGUGUGUGUGUGCGUGAAUGCGUGUGUGUAUGAAUAUAAGAUCAGAUUCCUCCAUUAUCUCGAAUCAGUAUAUUUUUGAUACUAUUAUUAUUAGAAGGAGAUAAGCAGGACAAACUCUGAUUGCGCUCUGUCACAGUUGGGUUUAAUCUGUACAUAGUUUCUUGUGUAUACAUGCUGCUUACACUUAAAAAAAAAAAAAAAAAGGUUCUUUAAGGGUACUCUGUCGGGGUAUAUGGUCCCAUGAAGAACCUUUACCAUCUGUGGAACCUUUCUGUUCCACAAAAGGUUCUUUUUACUCCUGGAAUUUUUUUCCUCUCUGGUUUUAUUUCACAAAUUAAAUUAUAUUAAUAUUAACCCUUUAAUUUAUGUGUUAAUAUAAAUAAAUAAAAGGGUUUUGGGUCAAUUGGUGCCAUUUUUUUGUGGUUCUACAAAGAACCUUUGGAAAGUGUUCUUUGUGGCACUAAGGAAAAAAAAUGGUUCUUCAAAGAACCCUUCACUAAAAUGUUCUAUGGCUUCGCUAUGAAACACCCUUUUUGGUUCUUUGUGGCACCUUUUAUUUUUAAGAGUAAGCAAGCCCUGUAUCAAUCUUUAUACAUUUGCCUGACAUGUAAAAGAUAGCACAGGCAUGUCUUAAUUUUAUUUUUACACUAUGGAAAUCUGUUUGAAUCCUUUGAUCAGCGGUCAUGUGUUUUGUUGAUUUUUAUGAAUUUUUAUAGCAAUAAUUUAUAUCAACUUGCUUUCAUUUUGCUCUGUUUCUUUCUCAAUGAUGGUUAAUGCUUGCAUUACAAUACUGAAUUGUAUGUAGCAAUGUCUUUGAGAAAUCCACCAAUUGUUUGAAAGAGUCGACCUGUGACAUGGAGGGGCUUUCAGGUGUCAGAACAGUGUCGCCGAGUAAAGGAAAAUCAAAUGCUUUAGAACUCACUAUAAAGGGAGCCCAAUGUAUAUACUUUCUUAUUACUAUGAAAUAAACUAUGGUCUUGAAAGUGCCUCAUUUGCGAAGAUGAACUUGUUUGACGCGUGGGAUUUGUUGUAUGAUGUUUUUCUCCCAUAUAGUUUUAAAUUAUUCAAAGACAAAGGUCUAAUAUUUCCACACAAACUCUAGAUGCUGUCCCCUGUUACCUCUGCUAUGGUAUCUGAAAGUUAUGCAUUUGCAACAAUUUGGAAUUGAUUAUAGCAAUUUAUUUCAAGGCAUGUUAAUUUCACAAGGCAGACAAUAAUUUUCUUGAAUUUUAUCUUUCACUUAAUGGCACAUCCAUCAGUAUGUCUAACGGUAUCGCUGUUGCAAAUACCAAAACACAAGGAGUGAUAAUGAUAUCUUUGAUCUCAUCUUUUCAGAGAAAAAAGGUCCAUUGCCAAAAGGAUCAUUUAGAAUGAGUACUUUUUUCUUCUGAGAGUAAACAGUGUUUUAUUCUGCAUCACAGUUUCAAAACAGUGAGGCCUCUUGUAAUGUUACACUCUUCUUUUUUGUUACUUUUAGUAGUGCUUCCCCAUAACAGUGGAAAUGUAUUCUCAAAUGCUAUAUAAUGUUGAGUUUGGUCUAUUAUUGUUCCUGACUGGGUGUGCUGUCUGGUGUCUGCAGAUAUCUGGACAUUCAGCCAGCUGUGGUUAAAAAUUGUAUCAUGUCAGAAUCGUAAAAAUCUAAAGUGAAAAUGUCUGUUAUUUGCACCACAUAUGAGAAACUAGCUAACGUUGUAAUGCAGUAUGUGUUGUGAGAAUAAGAUACACUGUAACCUUUUAACUGUUAUAACCUACCAACACAAGAAAUAUUUAGAAAUCAUUCAUCUAUUUUGGUUAAAUUCCUAAUGAAGACCUUUUAAUUCACCUGUUCCAUUGCUCGACUGCACAAUAUAACUGACUUUCUGAGGUCUCAACUAAAACAGCAAAUCAAAUCAGUUCUGCUGUCAUGGAGACCAAAGAGUUGCCCUUGGAACUUGAUAUAGUGAUGAUUAUUUUGUCAGAGAAGGUUAAAAAAAUAUCAGCACUGAAGGCUGUUGGAAAGAAGUUGCAUAGAAGCACUACUAAGAACAGGUUAUCCUUCCAAAAUGACAAUACAAAUGAGACGAGGGCAAUCAAAUUCGUGCUCCAAUCCAAAUGUGGAAAGCUCAUACAGACAUAACCAAGACGAAUUGAGUUAAAUGUAUUGUCUUUUCAAUGGUCAAAUUUUAAAGUGUAUAAAGGGGUGCAUACUCUGAAGACAUUGCAUGCUUUU